AUGGUCCUCUUGCCAACAGCCAGCUUCCCUGUAAGUAUUCACAAUAAUAUAAUUGAUUAAUUAGAAUUGGAUUCUCGAGACAAAUACGCCAGAUAGCAGCCAGGCAGUCAGUUCAUGAUGAGCAAUUAGAAGCAGGGAGACUAGAACACUAUAAAGAUGCCUUCAAUAGCCUAAAAAUUCAACCUAAAGCGAGCUUCAGACCAGCAAGAGGAGUUUGAGUUGUAUGAGGGCAGUGGCUAGCGAUUCAAACCCAUUUAGAGUGUAAACCUAGUUGAUAAAUUCAUAGAGAGCAGGCAGCAGUAGUAAAACUAGUUGCAAUAGAACGACACCAGUCGCUACUCCUAGCAGAAUCAACAGUCUAACCAUAAAAAUUAGUCUUCUCCCUUUAAUAACAAUAGUCUAACCCAGAAGUUGGGACAGGCUAUUCAGCAGUAGCUGGUAAAGUCGAACUUUCACUCUAAUGACUCAAAUGUGCUAUAGCAGAAGUUGGCUGACUUAGAAGCAGAGCUAGCUGCAUUGGACUCUGAAUACGAGCACCUACAGCUGGAAAGCGAAUCUUUGAAGGAAGAGCAAGAUGAGAUAAAAACAAAGAAUAAGUAGCUGUUCGAGUAAAUCACUGCGAUGGGUGGGGGACUCAAUGAUACUACUGAUUUGAAUGAGUCUAUCAUGACUAAUAACCUCAACUCUAAAAGACAGCUUAAUGCUGGGCCAUCUGCACAUGGUGAAUAGCAUGCUACUUAAGAUAAUAACAUUGGAGAGAUUCAUUCUCUCUAUCAAGAUCUGUUCCUUACAGAUAUAAAGAAAGAAGUGGAAACAGCUCAGACUGAACUGAAGUAAUGCAAGCAGGAGCAAAAUAAUGCUCAGCGGGAGAUGGCCUAACUGAAGAAGGAGAACUAGUAACUUAACGCUACUCUCAAGAGAUACCGCAAAAUGCUACAGGAAAUGACUAACAGCAAGAAAGAUGAUUUGGCUAACAUCAACUUCAUGUCGCCGACAGACCUGCAGAAAAUGCACAUGAUGAGUUUCGAGAGUGUAGAUCACUCGGCUGUAGUCAAUUAGCAGAAUACCAUACAGUAGCUGCAGAAAAAUGAGAACAAGGGAGGCAAAGCUCUGAAGAGAUCCGAUAGUGGCACAUCCUCAGUCACUAAUCUCAUUUCACAGGCUACCUUCAUUGAAACAGCCAAAAUCGAAAGACUGCUGCAGUCUUUACUCUAGAUUUAACAGACUGAUAAAGUGCUUGACAUUCUUAUGUACUCCCUUAAGGAACUUAAGUUUCUGAUUAACUGCCAGAACUGUACCAUCUUCAAUCUCUCAUUAGAACUUUAAAAGCAGAUUCAGAGCGUCGAGAAGACUUAGAACAUUAAUAUGCAGAAGUUCACACUAGAUGGGGGACAAUGGAUUGAUGCAUUUUGUGAAAAUGAUAAGGAAGUCUCAUAGCCUGGGUUUAAGAAGCCUGAGGACAUCAAGUACGGGAUGAAGAACUAGCAAUUCCUUGCUCAGCCAGUCGUGUUUAGAGAUGACGAGCUCAUAUUAGUGGUUUAGUGUGAAGCGAGAUUUAACAAAAAGACAAAUAAGUAUCUUGGAUUUCAAGUAGCUGAUGAAUAGGUUCUUAAGAUAUUCUGCUAUUAUCUCCAAAUGAGAUUUGAGAGAAGGGUUGCACUUAGAGAGGUCAAGCAAAAAGAGCAGGCUGUAGUUGAUACACUUAGACUUACCAGCGAGAUCUGUACUCAAAGGCAUCAUGAGGGGUUAUUCAGGAAAAUGAGAGAAAACCUGCCUGACUUCUUUGGCUUUGAGAGUGUUGGAGUCCUGAUCUAUAACUUCAAAACAAAUUGGUUGUUCACUGAUCCUGACAACGUAAAGGAACAUAGACCAACAAAUGCCCAAGCAAAUGCUAUGAAUGCAGCAGAUCUUCUUAACCAAGACUCUCAAGGAAGCAUGGAGCCAUUGACUAUUUAGCAAUAACUAUAACUCAAAGAACAGUAAAAGCUGAAUUAAAAGUCAGAGGAAGAGAAGGCAUAAGAGGCAAUUGCUAAGAUAAAAGAGGUGCACUAGAAGAAAUUUAUGAAUUUCCCUUGCAACUCAGGUAUCAGUGGCAUAGUCUUCCAAACAGGCUAGAUCUAUAUUUCAAACAACGCAGCUAAGGAGACUAAGUUUAUUGAUGAAAUAGACAACUAGAGCACCAUAACUGAUGUCAAGAACUUUAUGAUUGGGCCAGUCUAUGGUGAAAGAAAGGACAUGCCCUGCGGAAUCAUCUAGUUUGUGAACAAAGUCAAGGGAGGCCAGAUAACUCCAGCUGACGAGAAUAAGUUCAAAGCAAUGCAAGGUCUUUUAGGCAUGUGUAUUGAUAAUACUAAUGAGAUGUCGCUUACCAUCAAUGUGACUUUGGAUGUCCAUGAUGUGAUGCAGAAGAUUCAAGACAUUAUGAAGAGAGAUCAGCAGUAGGAGGAAGAAUUCGAUCACAGUGAAAAUAAGCUUAGCAAUCUAAGUGAUAACAUAAAGAGUAUCAAGGAAACCUUCAAUAAACUCAUUGAUGAUAGAAACAAGGGCAAAGCUAAUAUUUGA